CAGUGGGAGGGCAGAGCGGGCCGCAUAUAAAAAGCCGGGCGGAAUGGCCCAGACCCUGCACACAACAUCCACACGGAGAAUCACCGCAAGUCACUUUGGAGAAGCUCACACCCCACGAUGGACGCACAGAAGACGCACGCAGCAGAAAUGGAUCUGUCGGAGCAGAUCAAGAAGGUGACGAUGGAAAGUCACAUGAGGGCCGAGAACACAGAACUCAUGCUGAGCUUCCAGAAGGGACAAGUCAGCAUGCAACAGUACAAACUGCUCCUCAGCUCCCUCCAUGAGAUCUACCAGACGUUGGAAGAGGAGCUGGACAGGAACUGCAAGCAUCCCGCAGUAGAGCCCAUCUACUUCCCUGCAGAGCUGGCCCGGCUGGACUCGGUCCAGAAAGACCUGGAGUUCUUCUACGGUUCAGGCUGGAAGGACAAAAUGCUGGUGCCCGCGGAAACAAGGAGAUACUGUGACAGGUUGCGACAGAUCGGGAAAGAAAACCCGGAGUACCUGGUGGCUCACGCCUACACCCGUUACCUAGGCGACCUCUCCGGAGGACAGGUCCUGGGCCGCGUCGCCCAGAAGUCCAUGGGCCUAAAGAGCAGCGAGGGUCUGUCGUUCUUUGCCUUUCCCGGCGUCUCCAGCCCCAACUUGUUCAAGCAGCUCUACAGGGGCCGCAUGAACGUGCUAGAGCUGAGCCAGGAGCAGAGGGCCGGCGUGCUGGAGGAAGCCGUGAGGGCCUUUGAACACAACAUCCAGGUGUUUGAGGGCGUGCAGAAGAUGCUGAGCGGGCUUGAAGAGCGGCAGCCGACUUCCAAAGUCUUUUUAAACCGAACCGUGGCUCUUCCGACGCUCCUCAGGAUGGCGCUGGGGAUGUUCGUGGCCGUUCUCACCAUAGGAAUCUGGAUGCUUUAAAACGCACCUUUUUUUUCAAUGCUUCCUCAUUUUAUGGACUUUUACUUUCUUUUUUUCUGGGGGACUAAAAAUCUUAUUUCUUUUGUCUUCAAACGGGACUGAAGUUUGCUGAGCAGGUGUAAAAAACAAACAAACAUGUUUUUUCUUUAUUUUUCUCAAACUGCUGCACCUCACCCUUGAGGGGUUAGAGUCGAGUGAACGCACCAAAAAAACAUCAGUUUUUGAGACAACAGGCGGUUUCCAGCCAAAUGGAAGGACUGUAGUUUGCAUGCCAGGCCAGUAGUUGGCGAUGUCACCGAUGUGACGACUUUGCACUUUGUAAGAAAACGCAAAAACAGCACAGCUGUGGUUUCAACGCUUUGUGCGUUCUACUAAGUGUUUUUAGCAUUUAAACAGAAGAACAUCCUCCUUUGGAUCUUAAAAAUGCCAUUUUAAUGUAAACAAACACCAAAUGAAUAUUGUAUUGAUUUGUUUUCAGACAUAAACAGCCACGUAUAGUUUUUUAUGCAGGGCCACACCUGGCUAAAUUGGGGCCCGAAGCAGAAUUGUAUUCAUCCCCACACUCAUCACAAUUUUUUUCCAAAUGUAUUUUAUUUCGUGUGAAAUGAUUUUUAUUUGGGUGGCUGAAAAACAUUGAUUCAAAUUCAAAUUGCAAUUCUUAUUUCUUCCAAUUCUGAACCGAUUCAUAAUUUUCAUAGUUAUUAAUAAUAUUUAUUUUAAGAAUAUUUUUUAAUAUAUAAAUAUAUGUUGUUGUUUUUUUUACUAAAUUCAUUAUUAUUUUUUAAAUGUUUUUAAAUCAAUUUAAUGUUUUCUUUUUAAAUAUAUGAUUACAUUUUUUUUUUAAUUAAGAUUUAAAAAUUCGAUUGCAAUAUUUUUUUAAGAAUCAUGUUAUUUAAAUUUUUUCGCAGAAUUCACAAUUUUUUGGUUUUUAAAUUAAUUUAAUGUUUGUGGGGGUUUUCUUUUAUAAUCAACUACAUUUUUUAAAAUUAUAAUUUUAAGAAUCAAUCGUAUUCUUAAGAAUCAGGGAUUUUUUAAGAAUUGUUCAAUUUUUUUUUUUUUUACAGAAUUUAUAAUUGUUUAUGUUUUUAAAUCAAUAUAGUGUUUUUUUAUUUU